CAUUAUAUAUUGUUCAUUCAUAUAUAGUACUUGUGUUUGUUGGUUGCUACAAAACUAUGGCGUCGAGCUCGAAUUGGACCCCGAAACAAAACAAAAGAUUUGAGAAUGCAUUGGCAAUCUUGGACAAAGACAUUCCAGAUCGUUGGCAGAAGCUGGCUAGAGCUGUGGGAGGGAAGAGUGUUGAAGAAGUGAUAAGACAUUAUGAGAAGCUUGUUGAAGAUGUGAAGCUGAUUGAAGAAGGACUUGUUCCUUUGCCUAAUUACAGAAAUAAUGUUGGCAGCAACAAAGGUUACACUUACAUAAUGGAUGAAGACAAAAGGAUGAAGGCUCUAAGUCUCCAAUGAAGUGUGAUAAUAUAAAUACAAGAUUGGUUGAAUAAAAUAUUUGAUCUAGGGGAAUGUUUCUCUCUCUCUAUAUAUAUAAAACAUAUUAUAUAUAUAUGUGAAGUAUCAAUGUCUUGUAUUUCCUAUACAUAAUACAUGUAAAGAUCAAGUUGUUCCAAGAACAUGCCAAUUGGUAAAUAAAAAAACAUUGGCAUUGGCGAUAUAGCCAUUGGUUCUUUUCAGUCUCAGGUAAUAGAAGAAAAAUACAAAAGUAAUCAAAACUGUGAAAGUAGUUUAAUGCA